UUCGCCGCCGGCCCGGGCCCAGCCAGCGCCCGCCGUGCCGGAGUCGAGUCGCAGCCCGAGCUGCUGCCCGCGGCCCCGCCAUGAGCGGAAGCGCCGCCGCCGCGGUCACGGUCGCCGCCGCCUCAGCUGCCGCUGCUGCUGCCGCCGCCGCGCACUUCCAGCCUCGGCCGUCGUCUCCCAGGCCGGGCCCCGCCGAGCUCGGGCCCCCGCGCCGCCCGCGCCCCCCGCCACCACCGCCGCCUCCCCGGCCCGAGCCUGCCGCCACCGGCCGCCUUACCCCUCCGGGCCACGGGCCUCUUCGGACCGGGACGCAGGGUGGCGGCGCCUGCGGCAGAGCGUCCGGAGCAGGUAGUGUUGGUGCUUCUUUUCAGUGCCGGUCCGUCCAUCACGACCACAUUUGUCAUGAUGACAGUGACAAGAUAUCUCCCGGGGCCAAUUCAGCACCUCUGCCUGGCCAUCCUAACAAGGUGAUUUGUGAAAGGGUGAGACUUCAGAGCCUGGUCCCUCUUCUCCCAAGUGAUCAGAACACUACCGUUCAAGAGGAUGCUCACUUCAAAGCUUUCUUCCAGAGUGAAGAUAGUCCAAGUCCUAAGAGACAGCGCCUCUCUCAUUCAGUCUUCGAUUAUACAUCCACAUCACCAGCUCCCUCACCACCAAUGCGACCAUGGGAGAUGACAUCAAAUAGGCAGCCCCCUUCAGUCCGACCAAACCAGCACCACUUCUCAGGGGAACGAUGCAACACACCUGCACGCAACAGAAGAAGUCCUCCUGUUAGGCGUCAGCGAGGAAGAAGGGAUCGUCUGUCUCGACAUAAUUCCAUUAGUCAAGAUGAAAACUAUCACCAUCUCCCUUACGCACAGCAGCAAGCAAUAGAGGAACCUCGAGCCUUCCACCCUCCGAAUGUAUCUCCCCGUCUAUUACAUCCAGCUGCUCAUCCUCCCCAGCAGAAUGCAGUCAUGGUCGACAUACAUGAUCAGCUCCAUCAAGGAACAGUUCCUGUCUCCUACACGGUAACCACGGUGGCACCCCAUGGGAUUCCACUCUGCACAGGUCAGCACAUCCCUGCUUGCAGUGCACAACAGGUCCCAGGAUGCUCUGUGGUCUUCAGUGGACAACACCUCCCUGUCUGUAGUGUGCCUCCUCCAAUGCUUCAGGCCUGUUCGGUUCAGCACUUACCAGUACCAUAUGCUGCGUUCCCACCCCUUAUUUCUAGUGAUCCAUUUCUUAUACACCCUCCUCACCUUUCUCCCCACCAUCCUCCUCACUUGGCACCGCCAGGCCAGUUUGUCCCUUUCCAGACACAGCAGUCACGAUCGCCUCUACAGAGGAUAGAAAAUGAAGUGGAACUCUUGGGAGAGCAUCUUCAAGUGGGCAGUUUUACUUAUCCCCCCUCGGCCCAUCCCCCAACAUUACCUCCGUCAGCUCCUUUGCAGUUCCUGACACAUGAUCCUUUGCAUCAGGAGGUGUCCUUUGGCGUACCUUAUCCUCCAUUUAUGCCUCGGAGACUCACAGGGCGUAGUAGAUACCGAUCCCAGCAGCCAGUUCCACCUCCCCCUUACCAUCCAAGCUUACUGCCUUAUGUGUUAUCAAUGCUUCCAGUACCACCUGCUGUGGGCCCAACUUUCAGCUUUGAAUUGGAUGUAGAAGAUGGAGAAGUAGAAAAUUAUGAGGCCCUGCUAAACCUGGCAGAACGACUGGGAGAGGCGAAGCCUCGGGGACUGACUAAAGCAGAUAUUGAACAGCUUCCCUCCUACAGGUUCAACCCUAACAACCACCAGUCGGAGCAGACUUUGUGUGUAGUAUGCAUGUGUGAUUUUGAGUCAAGGCAGCUUCUUAGAGUCUUACCCUGUAACCACGAGUUCCAUGCCAAGUGUGUCGAUAAAUGGCUUAAGGGAAAUCGUACUUGCCCAAUUUGCCGAGCUGAUGCUUCAGAAGUACAUCGGGAUUCAGAGUGACCAGCCUACGAGCACAGAUUUAGUUUGGGUGUUCCUCAUCACGUGUAUAUAUGGACUAUCCAUUGAACUUAACCUGUGUGGCUUCCAGCCCUCCCUUUACCAAAAGGGUCAAUGGACCUUUCUUUGCACUGUGUGACUUAAUCAACUAUAAAAGCUUACAAUUAGUCUUCACAAUUAUGGGAUUGUUAUACUAACUGUGUGAUUGGAACUCCAAAGAUCUUUUCUUUAGCUUAAUUUCGUGUGUGCACUAACAUUCCCUGGUUUUUGUGUGAUCAUUCCGAGUGUUGCUGCAAGAUUACAGUGGACGUGAUCUUUUAGCAUGUGCUUUUAUAAAAAGUGGUAGCUCCAGAUGAUAUAGCAAUCUACCUUCUAUAGAGCCUUCAGAAACUGUGAGUGGAAAUGAGUGCAGCGUGUGAACUGUGUGAGAGAGUGUGCAACUACAUGUGUGUGGGCAUGGUAGCUACUGUGUGUGUGAGAUCCUAUGUACCAGCAUGUACCAAGAAUGUGUGUGUAGUUUUAAUUAUGCUGCAAUGUAUAAUCUGGUGUGUUAUUUAAACAGCACUAGUACUGUACACUGGUUUUCCCCUUGUGUUUGCUGUUGCACACUGAUUGCUAAGGGUGCAUCAAUUCUAAGCAUUGAAUACUCCGUCCCCUUCCCUCCCAAGGAAUGGAAUGAGCAAAGCCUUCUUCCUUUGCUUCAGGCAGCUGUCCCUUCUCUUCUCUGUGAUCCUAAGUGGGUCACUUAAGAAAAAAUGUCAGAUUCUCACUCCAUGACCUGAUUUUUUUUUUCUUCAAUUCUGUUGUAAAAGAAACUUUUAAGUCUCCAACUUGCUAUUUCCAAAAAGAAGGUGCAAUAUCAUACAUCCUCAUUAGCAAUAUCGGCAUUUCAGUCGGUGAUCUGAGUGCCACUACUUCUUGUUUUUCCUUUACAUUUCCAGUAGCGUUUUACAGAAAGGACCUGUGAUUUUAUUCAUGUGUAGAUUUGUAGUCUGUUUCGAAGAUGUUUGAGUAAUAUAUUUUUAUGAACACCACUGGUCCCAUAAGUAUCGCCUUCUUGACUUCCCGUAGAACAAAAUCUGUUAUCUAACAGCCUGGUUUCUGGUGUGUGUUCUUCGCUCAGGCCUGCAUGGGUAACUAAAUUGGUCUAAGAGAGCUAUUCUGUCAGUGUUAAUUGGAUUUCCACAUUCUGGUCCUGAAGUUCUCUAGUUCUUUUCCUCAGUAAGCAUUCUCGUUGAAACCUUGUUUCAGGAUGAUUGAGUGCUGGGACAGCUCCCUUCUUAGGUCUGGUUUGCUUUGAUGGCUUACUCUUUCUCUUUUAUGUCAGAAUGAGAAAAAGCUUAAUACAACAGGUGCCCAGAAUACUUGCAGUGUAAAUGAAGAUUGGAUUUUGUAUAAAAAAUAAUAAUGCUGUCAAACAGGAAUUGACCUUUAUUUAAUCGGAAAUGAUACAUAGCCGUGUAAAACAAGACAGAUUGACCGUAAAUCGGAUGGUUGGAAGUCACUUUUCAGCAGUUGGAUUCCUUCCUCCUUCUCAGUGUGCUCAGCCUUGUCUGCCUCUUUGUGAGUUCUCGGCCUCUGUCUGCAGCCGCACGUGCUGCAGCCUACGGCCACACUGCGACACUUGGCUGCUAACCUCACUCGACUUGCAGUUGGCACUGGGCCUUUUUUUUUACUCUGACAGGGAGAGUGUUCAACUACUUGCUACUGCCGUGUUCCUUACCCUCCCUUGAAGUCUCUAAGCUCACCACAGCCUAGAAUUCAGGAAAGUCAAUCCACACAGAAGCACAAUUUUGUCUUCUUCCAGACACUGUUGCCUCUCUAGUCAGACAAUAGGAUUUGACCUAUUUUCUGUUUGCCCUAGACUUAAGUGUGUCAGAAAUACACUGAAACAAUGGUGAAUGCACGUGUUACUUUUAAAUCAUUAGGAUACCCCCUCCCGUUCCUAAUGAUAAAAAGGUGUGUUAAAGUCAAAAUUAAUGGCUUAUAAUAGUCAUCUCCAAAUCACAUACAGUUUAAUCUUUAUUUUUUAAUUUAAAGAAAUCAUGUUUAAAAUGACAAGUCCAUAUUAUAUAUACACUUAUAUAGCUGCAGAAACUUUACACCUGUGCAGCUCUCAUAUGACACUGCUCCACUCAGUAUUUGUUUUCCCGAUGCACAUAAGUGAAGCACUUUCCUCGUUUAUAGAGAUACUGACUACCAAGGCACACUGUGCUAAGACCGGAAAGCAGCCUUUCUUUAUUCUGUCGAUAGUUGCCAUGACGUUCCCUUUCCAGUAGAUUUUUUCUUUUUUUUAAAAGAAGUAGUUGGCAAUUUAGGAGGCAGCAGGUCUGUCCUGGUAAAAUUGUGUUUUGCUGUUAUGACUGCUGUCUCCGUGGGGUAUCUUCUCUUAGCACAGAACUGUUAGAGAAGAACCAGACUUUUGUUCAUGGUGUGGUUGGUGUAUUUUAGGAGCAUACCUGGUGUGAUCUCUUAGUGACCAUGGUGGGCAUCUUUGUGGCCAGAAGAUGAGAAAGUGCAGCUGGCUUCUGCCUAACCGUCAUCCCUGGGAGAUGCACUGGGUGGCAGAUGGAUGUUGGUAGCCUUCAUCCUCUUCCUCCUAGAACAAUGUUGGCUUUACCGUCUUAACUCAGCUGUGGAGUUUUGUUGUUCUUUGUUUGUUGGUUGGUUGGUAGGUUUUAGAUUUGGGGUUUGGGCCUUUUGGUUUGUGUGGGGUUUUGGUUUUUUUGCAUGAAUCACCAUUAUUUUGUAUUUUUAACUCCAACCUCAACAAAACAACUCAAGGCCUCUAAGUAUCAAGAUACCAUACUAAUAUUUUCCUGUCCUGAAUUUUUUUAGCAGAAUCUGAAAUUGUGAAAGCAUAUUAGAUUUUCUACACUCCCUGAACUUUAAUUUGCUAGAAUUCUUAAUUUGGGCCUCUUAUGAAAAUUUCCAGUGUGAUCUGCCUGCCAGCUUCCGAGAACACUUUCACAGUAUCUCUGGGCCUUCUCGAGUCUGCUCCCCAUAGUGCAUCUGGUUACCUCAUGUUGCUGUUUGUUUAAGAUUAUGAAAACUCACGGGGUGUUUGUUGGAAUCAUUUGCUGAGUCAUUUCCUUAAAUCAUAUUCCAUUGUAUCAGUUAACAUAUAGUUUUAAAUGUAUGUAUUAUAAAUAUCUGUAACCAAAUCAUUUGAAGGCUUGAUAAAUUUUUAACAAAGUUUGUACAUUUUUUAUGAAAGUUACUAGUAAUGCUUUACUAAGUAGUGCAAUGAAUUUUUAUUUUUAAUCCCUGUGCCCAAUUUUGGAGUUGAGAGGGUUGUUGGUAAUAAAUGUAUGAUGUACACUUAAAAUAUCUGUUGUGUUUCAUGUUAGGUAUGUUUUAGGAGCUGUGUUUACAAAGGGGUGUGUGUGAUAGGAUACAGCAAGGUGGUAGAGCCGCAUUGGUGCUCACGCUGAGUUUAAAGUGUAGUCUUUGGUGUUGAUUUAAACAACUGGAGUUACAAAAUGAGCAUGGUAACAUAGGUAUCUACUUGUUUCCUUAAAAGACCAAGCAAUCAGCAGAAAAUGUAGCCACACGUGGGUACAUGCAUAUCUAACAAGCUGCAGAUAAAGGAAACUUAACCAUCUCUUCUCUAUGUCUCCCUGCAGCACCUUCUCCCAUGAACCAUAAGAUACAGAAAACAGCCCAUGUAACUGGGAAAGCAAGUGUACAUUAGGGGCAGUUUACAACCAAGUUACUGUGAACGUAACAAGGUGAAAGGACCCUCUGUUCAUUGUCAUACAUGGUGACUUAAAAUGUAAGAAAUCUGCUGACCUAUUUACUUGAGCAGGUGUCUGAUACCCCACCAGCAAAAGCAUUCAGAAAUCCUGAGUUAUAAGCCAUAACCUGAAAAAAUGGCUGUUCUAAAAAGCCAUGGGCUCCUCAGCAAAUAUUCUUUCAACAGGAGUGGAAGUAUCGGUGCUGAUGCUCUAAGGGCCUCGUCUUUGCCAAGUGUUUACAGUGCUCUCCUGGGUUGGCUUUGGUGAUAUCACAGGCAUCUCAAAUGUGCCCACAGACAUCACUGGCUACAGUGUUUAACAGAGCAGAAGCUUCUGUUUACACUACAGAGUAAGAUUUCUGAAAGGUGUGGUCAGGUCACACCUGUCUGAAGUGUAGUCGUGUAAGACAGUUUAGUGGCCACGUUUAAAAGCAGAAGAAUUGGCCAGGUAGAGUGCUUCCUUAGUCCUGGCUUCAGUCCCCGACUGGAAGGAAAAAAAUGUUAUUCAACCCGUCCUAUAUGCUUUCAGUAUAUAUGCUGUUGACCCCAGCACUUGAGGCCAGCCUGGUCUACAGAGUGAUUUACAGGUCAGACUCCAAAGUAACAGAAAAAAAAAAAUCUUUUGUAUUUUCUCAGAACUUGUAUAUUAAAGCACAUCUAAUUUAAAUUGGCCACAUUGUAAAUAUUCAGUAACCCAUGGAAGUGGCUGCCAUACUAGAUGGCUCAGAUCUAGACCACUGUGCUGUAUUAUCUGGUUUCCCAGGAACUGCAAGUUAAGACGGGUAGUGUUUGCUUGUAAUCCUGACACAUGCUGGAAGGUUUAAGGUUGUAUUUAGGGGGAUGGGCUUUAAAUGGACCUUACUCUCCUGGCCUCAACUUCUUUUGUGUGUAUGUGUACAGAGGACAACUUUGGAUGUUACUCGGUGUUCCUCUUGUUCUUUGAGACGGGGUCUCUCACUGGCCUGGAGCUUGCUGAGCAGGCUAGGCUGACUGACUGUGAGCCCCAGAGGUCCUUUUGCCUCCUCCUCCUUAGCACUGGGAUUACAAGUGUGUGCCACCAUUCCCAGCUCUGUUUUGUUUUGUUUUAAUGUGGGUUCUGGGAAUCAGACUUUGGGUCCUUGUGCUUGCAACACAUAACUGACUGGCUAUCUCCCCUUGCUAUUAACAGAGUAAAUUAUAUUUAUUGUUAGACAAUUUUAUACAUGUAAACAAUGUAUAUUGGUCAUAUGCAUUCCCAGUUUGCCCCUCCCAUCCCCCCAGGCAUCUUCAACAUGUCUCUGGUUCCCAUUUUUUGUGACUGUGAUAGCUAUUCUUGGUUGUCAUCUUGACUGCAUCUGCAGUUAACAAACACAAACAUCUGUGUAUGCCUGUGUGGGAUUUUCUUCUUGAUUAUGUCAUUUGAAGUAGGAAAAACCACUUUCAAUCCAUAUCUUUUGAAGUGAGAAGAUACACCUUUAAUCUGGGCCAUGCCUUUUGUUGGCAAGCCUGUAUAAAGGACAUAGAAGAAGGACGUUCUUGCUCUUGAUGACAAGUCCAUUCCUUCACUGGAUCAAAGCCUACUACUUCGAGAUUCCAGAGUAUACUGAAGACCAGCUGAGACAUCCAACCUCAUGUAUUGAAGAAACUCCUGGAUUCUUUCACCUUCCAUUUUGGGUAGACAGCCACUGUUGGACUAGCUGGACCACCGCUUGUAAAGCAUUCUA